AAAAGAGAUUUGUUCUCUCGAUGCCAAGGGAUGGGCCUUCCCAGGCCAGAGACUUGGUUUGUCUAGCCCUGCACUGCCAAAGUCAUAGUAAAACUCCUUGUAUGCUAUUUGUAUUUAACUCGAGUUGUGUUCUGAUUAUGAAGGGGUCUCCGAUUCCCGAUUCAUUUGCUAUCACAAAAGGGGUUCCUGGGGGUCCCAAACCGCAAAAGGUUUGAGAACCCUCUGCUCUACUGUACAAGCAGAUGCCACUGGUCAAAUGCUCUAAGUGGGAGCUAAACUCCAGCCCUCCAGGUGGCGAUAUAAGCCUUAUCCUGAUUUCAGCUAACCCAUUUCCUAACGAGGCAGAAGCUUCCUGCUUCUGGUUGUAAACAGAAAGGAGUUGCAGCUGGCUGUGGUGGUCCACACUGCACAGCUCGGUCAGCCACACUUUUACAGUAGCUGUAUGUAUUUACAAUACAAGAUAUGAUAGAAUCUCCGAGACUUGAAAAGAGGGACAGAUGAAGGUGGAACAGAUCUAUAAAUUGGAGUAGCAGAGUUUGGUGGCGGCAGCAUGGCCAGUGGACAGCUGUCUAGAGAAGAGGCGUUGGCGUGUGUGGGGUGCAGACAUGCGUGUCACAUAUUGCUCUAUGCAGACACAGAAGCUCAGCUGUUCGAAGAAAUCCCUAUCAGACACAUCGUAUUGAUGCAGAUGCGUUUCGAUGGUCUGUUGGGUUUCCCUGGCGGUCUCGUUGACCCGUCAGAAGAAUCCCUAGAGGAGGGCCUGAGCAGGGAACUGUGGGAGGAGCUGGGCUUCUCACUGUCAGUCACCUUGGAGGAUCAUGUGUCUUCCUGCCACAACCCUUCCUCCUCUUCCUCUCACCUCAUUACUCACUUCUAUGCCCGGAGAAUGGAAGAGAAAGAGAUCAGGGAGGUCGAAAAGGCAGCUGCUAGCACAGCAACAGACCAUGGCCAUGAGGUAGCAAUUGUGAUGGGGAUGGUCCGAGUUCCUCUCUACACACUAAAGGGAGGAGAAGGAGGGCUUCCCUCAUUCUUGUCCCACUCCUUUAUUGGGAACUCUCGCUCUCAGCUGGAGGACGCUCUAGUGCGCUUUGGCCUGGUGACACCCGAGGAGCUACAGACAGCACUCACACACGCAGAGCAGAGGAGAAAACAACCUUGGGGAGGGGCAGCCUAAUCACACACACAAUCAGUCAUAGAUGUUAAUAUAACAGUUCAUGCCAUUGCCAUACAAAGAAACAUGCUAAAUACUUCAACACACGGCAUGCAUUCAUGGUAGCUACUCCCUCUACAAGGACAAUUAUACAAUAAAGAGUGGACCAGUUGUAAUCCUAAUCCCAUCCCAAGCCAACACUGUUCAAGACUUGAAACAUGCAUGCAAAGCUGCUGUCUGAGUAUCAGCUGUAUGCUGUGAAUGCACCAGAUGCCCAACAUGCUUACAUGCCAAGAGGAAGCAGUGCGGUGUACACUGUCAGGGGAGGAAAUCCUUCAAAGAAACUGCUGUGGAAAUAACACACCAUAAGCAAAAAUGAAGAAAUAGGUGUUAGUUCAAGAAGAUUGAAUGAUUGUCCCUUGAAAUUGUAUUAAAGUUGUGAAGUUGAUGUAAAAUGUUGGCUUUAAUAUGAUAUAUUAUUACAUUUCUUA